AUGUCUCGAAUGCAGACCGACGAGGAAAAGCAUCCAGAGCUUUUCCGGCCUGACCUCAACAUCGACAGGCGAAAAUGCAAGCGAGUCGUGCCAAUGGAGGUGCUCGCCCUUGGCAUGUCCAAGACGGGCACAUCUUCUAUGCAGCGAGCACUCAUGAUCCUGGGCUACAAUGAAGUCUACCACGGCUUCUCCAUGACAGCCAACAUCUGCGAGGUGCCUCUGUGGACGGAGGGCAUGCACAUCAAGCAGAACCCCAAGUCCGGCCAGAAGCCCUACGGCCGCGAGGAGUUUGACGGGCUCCUCGGCCACUGCGGCGCCGUCUGCGACCUCCCGCCCAACUUCUUCGGCCCCGAGCUCGUCAAGGCCUACCCCGAGUCUAAGGUCGUCCUCGUCGAGCGCGACUUCGACGCGUGGUACAAGAGCUUCGACGAGAGCAUCGUCAGGGUGGCCUUCAACCCCGUCUGGCGUACUCUCUCGUGGCUCCGCGCCCGCUACGUCGCCGAAAUUGACGACAUCACCUUUGCGUGGAUGAAAUACCAGUUCAAGUCGGACACGAAGGAGGGAGUCCUGAAGAACGCACGUGAGGGGUACAGGGCACACUACGACACGAUCCGAAGGGAAACGCCCCCUGAGCGGUUGUUGAACUACAGUCUGAAGGAUGGCUGGGGCCCGUUGUGCAAGUUUCUUGGCAAGCCUAUCCCCGAUGAGCCGUUCCCGCAUGUCAACGAUCAUGAGGCGUACCAUGAGAAGCUUCAGAUCAUUAUCAAGAAGGGAGCCCGGGCCUUCGCGUGGAAGAUGAUGUGGGUUGCUGUGCCUGCGCUGGUUGGCGUCGGGGCAUAUUAUUUUGGGGUGAAGGAGGGGAUCAUUGAGAACCUCAAGCUGCCUUCCAUGAGUUAG